CACCAAGCAGAUUUCAUUCACUGAGUGGCCGCUCCGUGGAGAACAACAGGCUACCUCCCUCUGUCCUGUGAUGCUGCACAGUUAUGGGACAAAGGAAGCAAAGCCCCAUAUGAUCAAGCUAACAAAGAGCCAUAAAAUCAACAUCAAUAUGGGAUCCUAAAAUAGGGGAACAUUGUAAAGACAGCACCUUUUGUCAUCUUUUUAUGUUUUAUUUAAUCUUAUGAGUUAUUUAUUGUGAACAAGUCCCUCAUUAGACAAUAUUCUAAAGUGUUUUGUUAGGGGGGUGAUGUUCUUCUGUAUUCAGUCAAGAUAUCCCUACUUGCUAUGGGCUUGUAAGAAUACUUUGGCGCUAAGGUUGACAGAGAAGAGCUGCUUGAAAUAGCUAUGUGGAACAGAAUAUGCACAUAACUAGAGGGGUUCAGUCCCACCCAGUCCCACUGGCACAGCAGAGACGUUCCUCCAGCAGCACCUCUACUGUGUCAUCAUGUGGCACUAGUUACUGGCUGACUCUUCAGUACAGCCAGGAGCUGCAUCCCCCGCUGCACUAUGACUUCAUCGGACAAUGAUGAAACAGGGAGUGACCUGUCUGAGUGUCUGGAGAUCCAGCAGCUCCAUGACCAGUACAUGGACCCAGAGAUCUGCUUCAAAUCCAAAAGCUUACCCAUCCUGAACGGACCAUGUCAGCCAAAUCGCAAGGCUGCAGAACCUCGGCUGGUCAACACCACCCACACCUCUAUGGCCAUGGAGGAGAGCAGCGAGCUCCAGCCCAAAACCCCAGACUCCAGCCAGGCAGAGACUCCCUCUUCCAGGACCGACUUCUCCCCAUCUGCCUCCAGCAUGGUGGGGCUCAGUAGCUCUUUACCUCUGGAGGGCAACAGGGCCGCUGGCUCUGGGGGUAAAAAACUUGGUUUCUCUCUCGCCCGCCUUAUCCGCAUCCCAGCCAGGAAGUAUGUGCGGCUCAUCCUGAGGGACUCCCGCUGCUUCCUGUUCUGCAUGUGCUACCUGACCUUCAUUCAGUCCCUGAUGGUUUCAGGCUACCUGAGCAGUGUUAUCACCACCAUUGAGAAGCGUUACAGUCUGCGCAGCUCUGAGUCUGGCCUGCUGGUCAGCUGCUUUGACAUCGGCAGCUUGCUGGUGGUGGUCUUCAUCUCCUACUUUGGCGGUAGAGGUCAGAGGCCUCGCUGGCUGGCUGUGGGUGGUGUGGUUAUCGCUGUAGGGGCAGCAUUGUUUUCCCUGCCCCACUUCAUCUCACCAUCUUACCAAAUCCAGGAGAUGAACUCAUCAACGGGCCACGAAGGCCUCUGUCAGAGCGGCAACACCAGUGGGCGUGAGCUCAACGUGGCAUCGUGCCCACGUGACCAGGAAGGCAAUGAGCACAACCUGUAUGUGACUCUGUUCAUCUGCGCCCAGAUUCUUGUAGGCAUGGGGUCAACGCCAAUCUACACCCUGGGGCCCACCUACCUGGACGACAAUGUGAAGAAAGAAAACGCAUCUCUCUACCUAGCCAUCAUGUAUGUAAUGGGAGCCCUGGGACCUGCAGCUGGCUACCUUCUAGGAGGCGUCCUCAUUGGCUUCUAUGUUGACCCCAAAACUGUGGUCAACAUCGACCAGAGUGACCCCCGCUUUGUUGGCAACUGGUGGAGUGGCUUUCUCUUGUGUGCCGUUGCCAUGCUUCUGGUCAUCUUUCCCAUGUUUGCCUUUCCCAAAAAGCUGCCCCCACGCCACAAAAAGAGGAAGAGGAAAAAGAUUGGCUCACCCUGCAACCAGUCGAGUGAUGACGAUGUGAUGAAGGAAAAAUCCAGUAGCAAAGAUCAGAACGUCACCUCUUCCAUGGGCUUUGGAAAGGACAUCAAAGAACUCCCCAAGGCAGCCCUCAGGAUCCUCAGCAACAUGACCUUCCUGUUUGUCAGCCUGUCCUACACGGCAGAGUGCGCCAUCGUCACCGCCUUCAUCACCUUCAUCCCCAAGUUUAUUGAGUCACAGUUUGGUAUCCCCGCCUCCAACGCCAGCAUCUACACCGGCGUGAUCAUCGUACCUAGUGCCGGGGUUGGCAUUGUGCUGGGGGGCUACAUCAUCAAGAAGCUGAAGCUCGGCGCCAGAGAGUCGGCCAAGCUCGCCAUGAUCUGCAGUGGGGUGUCUCUGCUCUGCUUCUCCACACUCUUCAUAGUGGGCUGUGAGAGCAUCAAUUUAGGAGGCAUCAACAUACCUUACACCACUGGUCCGACCCUGACGAUGACCCACAGGAACCUGACCGGCAGUUGCAACGUGAACUGUGGCUGCAGGAUCCAUGAGUACGCUCCGGUCUGCGGCUCGGAUGGCAUUACAUAUUUCAACCCCUGUCUGGCUGGAUGCAGCACUGUGGGCAAUGAUAGCACUGGGAUUAGGAACUACACAGACUGCGGUUGUGUGCAGAGCAGACAGGUCAUCACUCCAUCAUCUGGCGGCCAGGGCAACCAGCUCCAGCUGGUCAUCGUUAAAACCUACCUUAACGAGAACGGCUACGCUGUAUCGGGGAAGUGCGACCGCACCUGCAACACUCUCAUCCCGUUCCUCAUAUUCCUAUUCAUCGUCACUCUCAUCACCGCCUGUGCCCAGCCCUCCGCCAUCAUUGUCACACUCAGGUCUGUUGAUGAACAGGAGAGGCCUUUUGCUCUUGGGAUGCAGUUUGUCUUGCUCCGAACUCUUGCCUACAUCCCCACGCCCAUCUAUUUCGGUGCUGUGAUUGACACCACCUGCAUGCUGUGGCAGCAGGACUGCGGCGUGCACGGCUCCUGCUGGGAGUACGACGUCACCUCAUUCCGCUUCGUCUACUUCGGCCUGGCCGCCAGCCUCAAGUUCGUUGGCUUCAUCUUCAUCUUCCUCACCUGGUACUCGAUCAAGCACAAGGAAGAUCGAGCCGAGCGCUGGCGCCAGCACCUGCCUCCGCUGGGCACCGUCAGUGAGCUUAUCUGCCACGCCGGAGGCCACAAAAGCCAUGCACGCACCCGCUCCUGCCCCGUGUUCAUCCCACCUCGGGCCGACCCGCCUGCCGCCCUGCUGCUCAACCGCGGACACAGCAGCCUCAGCUGCCCUGGCAACGCCCUCAAAGCAAUAACCCCGCCCAUCCUGUUACCUAAUCACCACAGAGGCUCCGCCCUCGUCUGAGAGCAGGCCAAGCCUCCCUUUGGCCUCCAUUGUGACACGUGCUUGUUUGUGUUUCUACGCCACACAGUGUCUGCUUUACAUUAAUCAGACACCAGGCAGGGCUCCACAGCUGCAGUGGGACUGACAGGCAGGGACAUGGGUGCGCCCACCAUAUUUAAAGGGCUGCUAAUUGUUGGUUAUAAAAACAGGAAACUGACAGAUCUUUAAUUCUGAGCAUAUCAGCUGCAGCCUCACACAUCAUCCACACAGGUCGGACCGCCACUUAAAGUUUCAGACGAUGUAAAGACAUCUCAUGGUGCUACUGUUAAAGGGCAGGGCAUUCAAACUCUGUACAGACGGAAGAGUCGUCAUCAACACGACCUCUAAAGCACAACUGACAUACUUGUACUAUGCAAGAUCCUAUGUACAGCUCUCUCUCCACUCUACAUCUGUACCCUCUCUUUUCUUUCCCGCCUAAUUCAUGUGUUGUUGUCUGCACAUUCAUAAUUCCACUUUCCCAUACAGUCCAAGCUGUGAACAACAUCAACCUCUUAUUUGAGCCAUUCCAUCUGUUCUCCUGUCCGGUGUAGUUUGGAUCUUUAUAAUUGACCUUUUUGUUUUUUAAUCCUGUUUCUCUUCUUUUUUCUUCUUCUUCUUUCAGUGCCUCUCAGGCUGUCUUGGCCAGUCCAAUAUCCAAAGCUAGCUACCCGAGUAAAUGCUAGCUACCGAUAAGCCAGUCACUAUCCUCUCAGUUGAGCAUAAUAUUGUGCUUUGUUGCCUUCAGCUUCUGUGUUUGUGAACGUUUGUCCCCGAGCUUGAGCCUUUGCGCCCCAGUGGGCGAAGCUCCUCGCCUUUGCGAGGUUACCAUGUAGCUCAAAGCUGACAAACACCAGUGGUACAGUGUUUAACGACUUCUAUGAAAUCUACAUUUCAUUACACAUCACAUUAAUUUAUUAUCUGAACGUGGCUGGAACAGGAAUAAGAAAAGUAUCUCAUCGUUGACCAUGUGCUGAAGCUACUGUAUGUCUAGAAGAUGUGAUUGUAUUUGUAACUUGAAAUGUGAUGGAGAUUUAAAAGAAUGUGGCAAAACUGCAACAAAUUUGAAGCACUUUUCAACACCACAACUUCAAAGUAAAAUUAUUUGUAUUUAAUCUAUUGCAACAAAUACCAAAUGCAAGGGUACAUCGUUUUGGCUACAUAUUGUAAUGGCUUCUCCAUUCUAAUGGUCAUCAGAUGUACAUAGUAGUUAUCUAGUAGCCUAGGCUUUUAAGAAAGUAGUGCAGCAAGCAUGUAAAAGCCCUUUUUAUCAGCAGGAGUAAUCUGUUGAUUAUUCAGUUCCUGGGUGUUUGGGGCCCUCUAGUGGACAGAGAGAUGAUUGCAGGCCAGUGAAUGUUGCAGUUUGUCAGACCUACUGUACUUUGAAAUUCUUGGUUAAAAGGUUAAUUAUUUAAGCUCUUCAGUUUUCCAGAGAUGUACCUUCUGCAGGUCAUGUUAAAAAAAAAAUCGGUCCGCUAGUUCGAUGGUGAAGUUCACAACAUUCAGUAUAACCAAUGCCAUGUUUUACUAGAAUCAUAAUUGUGGUUCAUGGAUUAACCUUCCUUUUGAAUAGGACAGGUAGUGUUUGCAGAGAAAUGAAACCUUUGUUCAAUAUUGGAAAUAUUGGUACAUGUUUUAAAAAACCACAAUUAGUUUGUUUUUUUUCUUCUAAGGGGGUAUAUAAGUCUAAUAAAGUUAAUGUAUUUUAUAUCCUGAUCAGUUUGACUUCAUUUUAGUUAUUACAAGUUUGCAAAGGAAUGGAGAAUCUGAUGCAGUGAACCCAUUUUAAAAGUUCACUUUUUUUGGCCAAGAUUUGUGGUUUUCUGCCAGGUAAGGAUUAUCAAGUUGUAAUGGCGGUAAUUAAUAGUAUAAUUGUGACUUAGUACCUCAAAUUACAUAUUCAUAGGUAAUCAUUGUGUAAAUAUUGACAAAGAUAAUUUAUUAUAGAGCUCACACAGUUAGAAGCAUAUGUAUGAACUAACCCAUGGUAUUGUGGUUAAAAAACUUGAAAGCUACAAAUAAAAAAGUGGAUUUGUCUCGCUUUGCCUGAACAGAAUUAUUCACAUGGGAAGGGUUGAGAAUCAUGUGGGGAGGGAGUUGGGUUAUUGCUACGUAAAACACAAUUAAGUUAAUUUAAAUGCUGAAGUAAUGCUACCCAGAAUGCCCUUCUAUCCAUCUGUAAUCGAUCAUCUAGGGCUCAGUAUUUAGCACAGCCUCGAGGAAUACCAAUGUGCGAUCAUUGAUCAUGUGACUGGAAAGCCAAACGUGAUCCUCACUGAUUAAUCUUGCAAUUAAAGUAUUUAAUCUAUUCACUUAAUGUUACAGCUGCUUAUGAAAUUUUGUUCUGAUAAAAUACCAAAUGGGUAAAAGUUUAAAUUGAUUAAAAUUCCCUUGUAUUUAACGUUCAGUUGCAUAGUGUUUCAACUAGAACGUUCGCAUACAGGGACGGGUAGAGAAUCGUCUAGCAAUGACACACAGAUCACUGGACAAAUGCAGGGAUGUCUGACUUUACUGUACUGUACACCUUGGUAUUACUAUAAUGUACCCUGCUGUUGAAAUGCCUGGACUACUACUGACAGACAACUUCAGGUUCACUGUAGAUUUGCUUCAACACAUUAUCCUGGACAGAACAGAAGCUGUAUAUUCUCAAAGUCUAGUUCUUAUCGCGUUUGUUUCUCAGAAGCAGGUGACUAAUGGAUGUUUGUGAACACAUGGUUUACAAAUGCCUUGAAUACUUGAUAUUUGUCAUUAAAAAAAAAAUGAAAUAAAUCA